AUGAAAAGUAGAUUUUUCUUAUGCAGGCAUUUAGUUAAUUCUGUUGGUGAAGUUCAACGUAAUAGAGAUUAUCCUAUAAUCGCUACAUAUGAAGGCAAAUUUGUAAAUCCCUUUUGUUUUCAAAAUGCUAAAAUUUUAGAAAUCUCAAUGAUUAGAGAGUCAAUUAUUGAAUACGAAGACGAUUAUGCAAUAGAGGAUAACAAUGCCGAUGAAGAUGAUGAAUACGCAAUAGAAGGUGAUAGAGAACAAGAAAUUUAUAAUCAAAGUCUGGAUCACUUAAAUAAUAUAUUAAAUAAG